UGCCGGCAGAGCGCGGAGCGAGGCGCCGCCGCCAUGGGCUGCACGGUCAGCGCCGAGGAUAAGGCGGCCGCCGAGCGCUCCCGCAUGAUCGACCGCAACCUGCGGGAGGAUGGCGAGAAGGCGGCGCGGGAGGUGAAGCUGCUGCUGUUGGGUGCUGGGGAGUCCGGGAAGAGCACCAUUGUCAAACAGAUGAAGAUCAUCCACGAAGAUGGCUACUCAGAGGAGGAGUGCCGGCAAUACAAAGCCGUGGUCUACAGCAACACCAUCCAGUCCAUCAUGGCCAUCAUCAAGGCUAUGGGGAACCUGCAGAUCGACUUUGGGGACUCCUCCAGAGCGGAUGAUGCCCGCCAGCUCUUUGCGCUCGCCUGCACCGCAGAGGAGCAGGGCAUCAUGCCUGAAGACCUCGCCAACGUCAUCCGGAGGCUGUGGGCUGACCACGGGGUCCAGGCCUGCUUCAAUCGCUCCCGUGAAUACCAGCUGAAUGACUCUGCUGCCUACUACCUGAACGACCUGGAAAGGAUAGCGCGGGCCGACUACAUCCCCACCCAGCAGGACGUGCUGCGCACCCGGGUGAAGACCACCGGCAUCGUGGAGACCCACUUCACCUUCAAGGACCUGCACUUCAAGAUGUUCGAUGUGGGCGGCCAGCGCUCAGAGAGGAAGAAGUGGAUCCACUGCUUCGAGGGGGUGACAGCCAUCAUUUUCUGCGUGGCCCUGAGUGCCUACGACCUGGUGCUGGCAGAAGACGAGGAGAUGAACCGGAUGCACGAGAGCAUGAAGCUGUUUGACAGCAUCUGCAACAACAAGUGGUUCACAGAUACGUCCAUCAUCCUCUUCCUCAACAAGAAGGACCUCUUCGAGGAGAAGAUUGUGCACAGCCCCCUGACCAUCUGCUUCCCGGAGUACACAGGUGCCAACAAGUACGAUGAGGCCGCUGGCUACAUCCAGAGCAAGUUCGAGGACCUGAACAAGCGGAAGGACACCAAGGAGAUCUACACACACUUCACCUGUGCCACCGACACCAAGAACGUGCAGUUUGUCUUUGAUGCCGUCACUGACGUCAUCAUCAAAAACAAUCUGAAGGACUGCGGGCUCUUCUGAGGGCGGCAAGGGCGCACCGAUGAAGAGAGGACCGUGCCCGGUGAUUCUGCUUCUCCUCUGGUUUCAUCCCCCAACCCUCUAAAGAGACGUUUUGGUGACGGCCGUGGUGGCAGCGAUGGGGACGCACUGCCUGCAAGGCCUGACCCAGGGCUGUCCCCAUUUGCCUCUGGUGUCCCCCCGCACCCCUUUGCCUUCCAGGCCGGGGACAGGAGGAUUUCUCUCUUGGUUUGUAACCGGUCGCCAUCUCCCCAGUCUCUCCUUUUUAUUCGGUUCCACACCGUUUACAUCCAAAACGUGUUCGCAGGGGGUGCAGCGCUCCUGGCAUCGCAGGGGCCGGCGAUGGGACCCCCCCAGAAACACGACCGAAAACAUUCCUUUUAAUAACCAGAAAAGAAAAAAAAAAAAAAAAAAAAAGGCCACACACACACACAUACACCCACCUACACACACACACACACACACCAAGCUUGGUUUACGUUGCUUUUUAAAGAAACCUUUUUAAGAAACUAUUUAAAAGCGUCAA